UAUAAAGACACCGGCAGUCAAACUUCUGCUAAGGCUCACCGAUUAACGCGAGUGACGAGUGUUAACUGGAUCACCGAGUCAUCUUGUUCACAGUUAAUUGCUCUUUCUCCAAGUCUCCACCAGGUUUCUUAUAAGGAUUCCACAUCUAUAUCCAACAAGAUGGAAAAUUCUUUAUCUGAACUUACAUAUAAAGGUUCUAUUCCUGAAGCCAUACUUGAAUCCAAGAAGCAGAAGAAGCUUUUCGUUGUCUACAUAUCUGGAGCUGAUUCUGAUUCAAUCGAGUUGGAAAAAUCCACAUGGACUGAUUUGAAAGUGGCAGAGUCACUGUCAAAGUACUGCAUUUUGUUGCAUAUACUCGAAGGAAGUGCUGAUGCGGCAAACUUUUCUGCAAUAUAUCCACAAAAAUCUUUCCCUUCUAUAACAGCUAUUGGGUACAAUGGAGCUCAGCUUUGGUACAGUGAAGGGUUUAUCAGUGCUGAAGUUCUGGCCUCCAGUUUAGAAAAGGCGUGGUUGAGUCUUCAUAUACAGGUAUGCUGGUGCAAGGUUUUUCUUAAUUCAUAUGCUCCUACUGUGAACAAUAUAUCAUGCUUACGUGGUCAAACCUCAUUUGGAAAUCAAUUGCAAAGAAGUAGAAUGUAUAAAAUGUUAGGCGGAGGCACUUUAACCUUAACCACUGUACAUAAGGUUUCAGAAAAUUCCAAAUACAUCUUGUGAAUUUGCCACAUAGCCAUAUUCUCACUUUUACUUUUGUUUUCUAAAUGAUUGAUCUUCUCUCAAUCAACUUUCUUUGCUAUGCUUUUUUCACCUUUUUAGGGAGGGAUUGCUGUUUUUUUAUCAAUGAGGGCAAGCAGCUUUCAUUUUAUUUUAAUAGUUUGGUAGGGCUUUAAAGAGUAGGCGGUUCGUAUGUCUUUAUGACCCUCAGAAUAACAAGUGGGAGGAUACACAGAGCAAGAGCUCUUGAAGUCUACCGGGGCACAACUUCUUAAUUCAUCCAUUUAGGCCCUACUAGGAAUAUGUUGAUCCUGGGAACCUGGCUCGGGAACAGCUUCUUACUAGUAUAGCAGGGGCUAAUCACAGUAAGAGAGUUCAAUCUCUGAAAUAGAGCU